UAUUAUAAAAUUCUGAGCACGUGAUCGGGGGAAGGAAAUGGAGGCGAGUUAUUGUUGGACGUAAAUCCUGCUUCACCGCAGCUAUUGUCUUUGGUGAUGCUGCGUGAACGGGCGGGUUUUAGGACCCACGGGUCGAUUCGCGUUCGGGUGGUAAAGUUGUCUGGAUCCUUGCGCUGUGGAUGUGCAGAAAGCAGCCGGACUGAAUCCAGUUUGGAUCCCGGCGCUGCUGGGCAGCCGCUCCGUGGCGUUUGACGUGGCUGCGGCGCAGCGGCGCUUCAGGAUCACAGGCGCAGGGGGAAGGGGAGGGGGGGGGAGCGUGGGCUGCAGUGUCCGUGUUUUCCGGAAGAGAAGGUGUGAAGCAUGGGACACAUCUGCUGCCAGGGGCUGAUCCUGCCUCACACCUAGAAGAUCAUCUGCUCUCAAGCAGUCGGGACAUCUCCUCCUCCCGGCGGAGAGCUGCAGGAUAGCCCGUUUUGGGGUCAUCUGAGGGCCGCGGGCCUGCCCAGGUCACAUUGAUGCUGGUGGUUGCUUCCCCCCUUCACCGGGUGCCAUAGCAAUGAGUAGUGACCCCGGCCAGAGGCUGGACUCUGAGUCCUCCAAGCAAUCUGGUAGUCUCACAGACAUCAUGGCCGCCAUGAAAACAACAGACACUGAAGGAUCAUCUGCCAAUGGCAUAAAGAACGGCAAGGCCCAGCAGGAUGGGAGUCAAAGCAAGAAGGUUCAGGUGCAGCGACCCCACCUGUCUGCGAGGAAGCUGUCCCUUCAGGAGAGGGGCACCUAUCAGUCAGCGGGCCCAGAGGGUGCUUACCCGCACAUUUCCCCUCGUGGCGCUCGCAGACCCACAGUGGAGUCCAAACGGGUGUCCAUAUCAGACUCUCAGGAUUGUAUCCAGCUGAACCAGUAUAAACUGAAGAGUGAAAUUGGAAAGGGUUCCUAUGGAGUGGUCAAGCUCGCCUACAACGAAGAUGAUGACAAACAUUAUGCCAUGAAGGUUUUGUCCAAGAAGAGGUUGAUGAAGCAGUGUGGUUUCCCACGUCGCCCUCCCCCCAGAGGACCCAGGGCAGCCCAAGGAGAGCAACCUAAAGUCUUAGGACCCUUGGAAAGAGUUUACCAAGAGAUUGCCAUUCUGAAAAAGCUGGACCAUGUCAACAUUGUCAAACUGGUGGAGGUGCUGGACGAUCCAUCAGAGGACAACCUCUACAUGGUGUUUGAGCUGAUGCGAAAGGGGCCAGUGAUGGAGGUUCCCGCAGACACUCCUUUCUCAGAGAAGCAAGCUCGCCUGUACAUCAGAGACAUCAUCCUGGGCAUUGAGUACUUGCACUACCAGAAGAUCAUCCACCGGGACAUCAAGCCGUCUAACCUGUUGCUAGGAGACGACGGUCACGUAAAGAUAGCUGACUUUGGAGUGAGCAACCAGUUUGAGGGCAAUGAUGCUUUGCUGUCCAGCACUGCAGGGACCCCUGCCUUCAUGGCGCCAGAGACUCUGUCAGAGAAGUGCAAGAGCUUCAGCGGAAAAGCGCUGGACAUGUGGGCCAUGGGAAUCACCCUGUACUGCUUGGUGUUUGGAAAGUGCCCCUUUUUCGACGAGUACAUCUUGGCUUUGCACAAUAAGAUAAAGACCAAGCCUGUGGAUUUCCCAGAAAUACCAACGAUCAGUGAGGAGCUACGGACUUUAAUCUUGCGGAUGUUGGAUAAGAACCCAGACAGCAGGAUCACCAUCCCUGAGAUCAAAAUUGAUCAGUGGGUGACCCAGGGAGGCACGGACCCCUUGCCUUUGGAGGAGGAGCACUGCUCUAUGGUGGAGGUGACGGAGGAGGACAUCCAGAACUCUGUGAAGUUCGUCCCCAGCCUCUCUGCUGUGAUCUUGGUGAAGGCCAUGCUGAGGAAGCGCUCCUUCAGUAACCCCUUCGAGUGCCCGACCCGGCGAGAGGAGAGGUCCAUGUCUGCACCUGGCAGCCUGCUGAUGGACUCGUGGCCCUUCCGGCCUUCUCUUAAACUUCACCCUUCACGCAGAAAGAGCAGCGCAGGAGACGGACCCAGGGAAGGAGAGCUGGAAGAUCUGCACGAGGAUGAACCUUUCUCAUGAGGAAUUGAACAUGUCCCAGAGGGAAACGGAGCUUCGCUGCCUCAUGCUGCUCUUCGCUUUAACCACUGUGCACUCAUGCCUUCAUCCAGCAUUCCGUUAAAAUCAGGGCAGCAGGAAAUUUGUAUUACACAUAAACAAAUAUUUAAAUGUAAAAGUUGCUUGAAUGAGCUGAAGCUUGCUUGACAUUCAGCGUCCUCUUGGCCUCAGAAAGUCCUUCCUUCUUCUGUGACCCAAUGACAAACUCUUUCUGGGUCCCUGUUCAGAGUAAUGUUGCAGGAAAAGGAGGUCUUUCUUAUUUAUUUCCAUGCAUGGUGAAUAACAGCUUCUCAUGGUCACACUGUCCACAUCCUCAUAUAAAUCAAUCAUGCUGGUUUCCCACUGACCUCAGCAUGUUAAUCCCUCCUCAGCGAACUACAGGGCUUCUGACUACUGAUCAGCGUUUUUUUCUAGAUCUCUGGCCUGAUCCUGUGUUACCGUUGCAGCCAUUUUUUUUUCACACUGAUGUCAUCAGUAAAGUUAAAGAAGAAGGAUCAAAAGGCUUUGUGCUGCAUUCAAAGACCUCAGCAGAUGAGCUCUGUGAAAGGAACUAAACAGAUGGGACGCUGGCUUUGCUAUGCAUGCAGGCGUUUUAAAUGCGACUGCCCCCUGUUGAAAGAUAGGGAAUCACUGAUGUUAGCAGGUUAGUACAUGAUUCUGCUCCUCCAAAACCACCCAUUUCCCUUUCUCAUUUUUUAGUAUAAAACACCAUUUAAAAAUGCAUCAUAAUGGAUGUUUGAUGCAAAAGCAGAGGGAACUGUUUUUUUUGUCGUUUUUUUUUUUGCACUGCGCAGAUUGGAGGCAGAGCAAUCGGUCUCCAAAACGGAUAAGACUAUUACAAGAACUGCUGUGUUAUUGGAAAUAUAGACAUAUAUGUAUAUAUGGGAAUUGAUUUGUAUUUUUGAUCAGGAUUCAUUUUCCACUGUGGACUUUUUAGUGGAGAAAGUGUUUUUUGUUGGUUUUUAAUGUGUACUGCAUUUUUUUCUAUGGCAGCAUCCCUGCGGAGCGUUCAUUAAAAAUAAGGGAAGAAAAUCUUCUUAGAUCCCAACUGCUGAUAAAAAAAAAGUCUGUAUGCAAAUGAAAAAAAAAAAGUUAUCAUUCCUUUUUUGCUGAACCUGUACAGGCAUCACCAUAACCUGCAGAGGUCAUGAAAAAAUCCUUACAAAUGUAAAAUAACAUUGGUGGAAAUAUGA